GGUAUAUUAAAUUCCAACCCGAUAUUUUGAUUGGCUAGGCCAUUCUCCAUGAUUAAAAAAUUCGACGAGGCCAGCCGACACAAUUUGUGCGGAAAUCGGAGGACGCGAUGCUGUCGGGUGGGUCGCCGGCGCCGUCAUGGCAACUCGUUUCGAUGGGUGGGACAACACUGGUGCACAAUUUAGGUUUGAAAGGCCCUGCGAUCGCUCAACCCGAGUUUCUCAACGCGAUACUACCAUCGUAUCACAGUUGGAUCUGUCAGGAGUGGCAUGGGAGUCGCCACGGACAUCGAUUUAUUCGUGCGAGUUGUUGUUUGGAUGCGGACGGGUCGGUCCAAACGGGAGACGGUAGUGGUGGACAGGAGAAGGAGCUGAAGGGAACAAGGACUGGAGGGAGGGGACAGGCGGGAGGCGGGGGUAGGAAUACGAACCUUGAACACUGCCGCUUCCGACGGGAGAGCUCCGUGAGUCGUGAAGUCCGAGUGAGAUGGCCUUGUAGGACCGAGUUGACGGAAGAGGCGGAGGCAAGGGCGGAAAACGAGGCACCAUGUCGCUCGCCGGAUGCAACAUGCUUCGAAGUAAGUCGUGGGCGGAGGAACUGUGUGGGUGCCUGGUCGCGGCACUGGGUUCGGUGGGAAUGGCCGUGUCGGUCGGAGGCAUCGACCCGUCAACUUUGCCGUUUGCUUGUGCUUUCAUAGUUUUCGAUAGCUUUCUCUUCUUCUUGGCAUAUUGUUUCUGACAUGAAUUCGCCUUUGCCUGAUGUUCUGCGCACAACGAAUGCAGCUCGCCGUUGCGCUUCAACGUCCGUGGGUUGAAGCACGGCUUGUACACG